AUGGUAGACGACAAUUACAAAUUCUGGUAUGAUAUGUUGAAGACGGUGAGUGACGUUUGUAUUCGGUUCUCUUUUUUCGGUAUUAGACAACAAUAAGGUUUGAUAUGAGGGACAAAAGACGCUUAACGAGUUGAGCAUGUCUUACUAAUAUAGUUACUUCUUUUGCUUGAAAUUUGAGUCACCACUGUCCAUUCUUUUACGAAAGACAGCUGUUGCCUGAGGGCUUUUGAUAGAUGACGGUUAUUAGGCCAUUCGAGAAAAGUUUUACAGUAAGGAGAUCUUGUUUCGUAAGUUGUGUUAGUUAUUCGCCAACUGCUUUUAGACGAUGAUUAUCCGCCAACUUCGUCUCGAGGGAUGGAGUAAACAAUUCAGCCGACUAAUUAAUGGGGAUCAGAUCAGAGAACUCGAGAUGAUGACAACCACCAAAAUUAUAGUCGAAGAGGACUGUAUUCAAAUAUUCGGAACUCCCCGAGGAACUAGAAAAGCCCGAGAUCUACUCCGAUCCAUUAUAUUGUCUUUGAUUUUGGAUAAUGAACCCGAAGUUUCCGAAGUCAAAGAAGAACGGCCACACCAAACUACUAAUUACAGUAUCCUCAAGUCCUGGAAGAACAAACUUUUGCAGUUACGGAAGUUGUUAAGGCACGAUAAGACCGAAAAAAUAAAUAUUUGA